AUGCCCUUUGUUUUGGUCCGCCCGGCCAAUCGGACGCGUUGUUUGGAUUCUACGGGUGCCGAAAUGGGCCCUUCCUCCCGAGCUGAGGACAUCCCCAUCCCUGGCAUAACGCAUUGCGCCGGGUGCACAGCCUGGCGAUCCUCCUGCAGCUUUAACUGCUCUGACAUGGAAACAUCGCUGCAGUUCCAGCACGGUUAUUAUCCAGAGCAACAGCCGCAGCAGCUGCACUGUCAGAGCCCGGACGAGCAGCUCUUUUUGCAACAGGACGGGCCAUGCCUUCAGUGCAACAGCUGCUCCUUCCACGGGGAUAACCUACCACUACUCCGCACCUCUUCUCCCAUCACUGGCGCUUUCCGGACUCACUCUUCCCCGCUCUCCUCCUCCUCUUCCAGGCAGGGCAGCCAGCUGAACGUGAGUGAGCUGACGCCUUCCAGCCAUGCCAGUUCGUCCAGGCAGCACCAUCACCACCACUACCACAACCAGUACCACCAGUGCCACAGCCGGCAGCAGGCGAGCCCCACCAGCAGCCAGCGCCGGGAGAGUAACCCCUUCACGGAAAUAGCCAUGAGUAGCUGCAGGUACAACGGCGGGGUCAUGCGACCGCUCAGCAACUUGAGUGCGUCCCGCAGGAACCUUCACGAACUGGACUCCGAGUCCCAACCUCUGCAGCCUCUGUCCAGCGCUAGCGCAGCGCCAGAGAUAGUGGUGUCCAAACCCGAACACAACUCCAACAACUUGGGGACUUACAGCUCGGGGGCCAUGGGUGGGGGAGGUGGGGGGUCAGUUGGGGGGGCACAAGGCAAAUCCAGUAAAAAGAAAAACAAUAACAUCGGCUACAAGCUGGGCCACCGGAGAGCCCUGUUUGAGAAAAGGAAACGACUGAGCGACUACGCUCUGAUCUUUGGGAUGUUUGGGAUCGUGGUUAUGGUAAUAGAAACUGAACUUUCUUGGGGAGCCUACGACAAGGCUUCGCUGUACUCGUUAGCUCUAAAAUGCCUUAUAAGCCUUUCCACGAUUAUUCUGCUUGGUCUUAUUAUUGUAUACCACGCAAGGGAAAUUCAGUUAUUCAUGGUGGAUAAUGGAGCCGAUGACUGGAGAAUAGCCAUGACCUAUGAACGGAUUUUCUUCAUUUGCUUGGAAAUAUUGGUAUGUGCAAUUCAUCCAAUUCCAGGAAAUUACACGUUCACAUGGACAGCACGGCUUGCCUUCUCUUAUACACCUUCCACAACGACAGCUGAUGUGGAUAUUAUUUUAUCUAUACCAAUGUUCUUGAGACUAUAUCUUAUUGCCAGAGUUAUGCUUUUGCAUAGCAAACUUUUUACUGAUGCGUCUUCCAGGAGCAUUGGGGCAUUAAAUAAAAUCAAUUUCAACACACGUUUUGUAAUGAAGACUUUAAUGACAAUAUGUCCUGGGACAGUACUGUUGGUUUUUAGUAUUUCAUUAUGGAUAAUUGCUGCCUGGACUGUUCGAGCCUGUGAAAGGUACCAUGACCAACAGGAUGUUACUAGCAAUUUCCUUGGAGCAAUGUGGUUGAUCUCAAUUACAUUUCUGUCGAUUGGAUAUGGUGACAUGGUACCGAAUACAUACUGUGGGAAAGGAGUGUGCUUACUCACUGGAAUUAUGGGUGCGGGUUGCACUGCACUUGUUGUAGCUGUGGUAGCCAGGAAGCUAGAACUUACCAAAGCAGAAAAACAUGUCCAUAAUUUUAUGAUGGAUACCCAGCUAACUAAAAGAGUAAAAAACGCAGCUGCUAAUGUUCUCAGGGAAACAUGGUUAAUUUACAAAAAUACAAAGCUGGUCAAAAAAAUAGACCACGCAAAAGUACGGAAACAUCAGCGUAAAUUCUUGCAAGCUAUCCAUCAGCUGCGAAGUGUUAAAAUGGAACAGCGGAAACUAAAUGAUCAAGCGAACACAUUGGUGGAUCUGGCCAAGGUUAGUACACAAAAUAUCAUGUAUGACAUGAUCUCUGAUUUAAAUGAAAGGAGUGAAGACUUUGAGAAGAGGAUUGUCGUCUUAGAAACAAAGCUAGAGACAUUAAUUGGUAGCAUUCAGGCUCUCCCUGGACUGAUUAGUCAAACAAUCAGCCAACAACAAAGAGACUUAGUUGAAGCUCAGCUGCAAAAUUAUGACAAGCAUGUUGCGUACAGUGCUGAGCGAUCGAGGUCUGUGUCACGAAGGAGAAGAUCCUCUUCAACGGCACCUCCAACUUCAUCAGAAAGUAGCUAGAAGGAACAUGUUAACCAAAAAAACAAACUUUUUUUGCCAUCAUAUGGUCAAUAUUUUAGCUUUUAUUGUAAAGCCCUAUGGUUCUAAUCAGUGUUAUCUGGGUUCUGAUAUCAGAAUCUUGGAAACCUGAACACAAAGUUUUAGGCCAAAUAGAGUGAGAACUCUCUUAUUUUCUUUCAGAUGCACAGUGAAUGCACCUAUCAUUACUAUAUAGAUCGUUUCUCCUGUAAUUUCACUAACUUUUUAUUCAUGCACUUCAAACAAACUUUACUACUAUAUAGUAUAAUAAAAUAUUAAUAUUUCUGAA